AUGGCAGCUCCCGCCGUUGCCGGUGUGGCAGAUCGCGCUCAGGCGCGUGAGCUGGUCGACGAGAUCGCGGUCAAUCAUGGCUAUCUUCCACCCCAUGUUGUUGACUUAAUCCCCGAUGAGAUUCGUGCUACUGUUUUACAUGCCCUCCAGAAGAAGGAUAAUAUGAUAGCAGCGUCUGUCUCAACACUGGCCCAAAAUUUAUAUUCAAGCUCUGCUCGCUUCAUCUUUGAAUUACUUCAAAAUGCUGCUGAUAAUAGCUAUUUGAAGGCCUUGGCCGACGGGCAUGACCCAUAUGUCUCAUUCAGCGUCUACCCGGACCGUAUUGUCGUGGAAUGCAACGAGGAUGGCUUCACCAGUGAAAAUCUCACAGCAAUCUGCAACAUUGGGAAGAGCUCCAAGCAGGGUGCCCAGGGAUACAUCGGCGAGAAGGGCAUCGGUUUCAAGUCGACGUUCAUGGCUGCUUGGAAGGUGCAAAUCGAAUCAGGGCCUUUCACUUUCUAUUUCGAGCACCAGGUGGGUGAUUCUGGCAUGGGCAUGAUCACCCCCAUCUGGUUCGAGCCCGAGGCCGAGUUCCAAGGCCCAGGGACACGGAUUUCGCUCUACUUUCAUGAUAACGGAACGCCAGGCGAUCUGGCGAAGAGGCGUGACGAGAUCAUCAAUCAGCUCAAGGACCUUCAAGGCGAGGCGUUGCUGUUUGUGAAUAAACUGAGGCGCAUCAAUAUUUCUGUCUUCGAAUCGGACGAGGACAAGAUAUGGUCCAAGUUUAUGGCAUUAUCAGACAGUUCAAGCUUUCCACAAGGCUCCGAGCUCCGUACGAAUCAAUUUGAUGCCACCAGUGGCACCGAUUUUGAGAUGGUCAGACAAUUUCAUGUCACCAAGUAUACUGCUACGGGGCUGUCCAGGAAUGAGAACAGGUCCUAUUCAGAGACUGAGGAGGGUCUGGCGUUGUAUUCGACAUCGCAAGUGGUUCUGGCCUUUCCGCUUGAUGAAAACGACGAACCCAUCACUGAAAUACAAGAUGUUUUCGCCUUCAUGCCAGUCCGUAAAAUUGGCUUCAACUUCCUCAUCCAUGCAGACUUUGUGACUCAGGCUAAUCGCCAGGACAUUGUCUGGAGUUCUCAACGAAAUGUUGGUCUUCGCAAGGCUAUCAGCCAGGCUCUGGUGAAAGGCAUAGAAGAGUUGGCCAAGCAUCGAACCCUCCAAUACAAGUGGAUGAGAUACUUACCUCGCGAAGAAAGCCUGAACCACUCACCCUUCUGGAAAGAUAUGAUAUCUGAACUUAAGUCACCACUUGCCCAGGCGCGGAUUCUUGUCCCCCUUCGACAGGCUGCCCGAUGUCCCAUGCAACAGAUGAGGCAAUUAGAGGCUCGUCAUCUGGACAAAAACGGCGACCCUCUCAUUCCGGAUCCAUGGAGCAAUCCGAUGUAUUUAUCCAAGGACUACGAGGAUAGCGACCUUAACAUUUUAAGAGAGUACGGCCUUCCAGUACUCCAACUAGGCGAAAUAUACUCUCUUCUCUCAGCAAUGGUCAAGGAACAAUCGUGGAAAAAAGCUCUCUUCGAGACACGAGAUGAAGACUGGCACAGCAGGCUGGCAACAUUGAUUCUGGCAGCGAUGAAAAAUGACACGAUACAAGGGUCCGCGUCACCCCAACCUUCGGGCAACAUUAGUCCAUCGUCAUCCUCGUCAGGAGUAUUCUCCUUCGGCAGCCGUGAGACAGCUGGCGCCCAGAUCAGAGGCAACCCCAAUCCGGGACUGUCCACCUCUUCGCUGUUUGCAUUCGGUAAACAAGGCAAGACUACCGCCAACGCCAACGCCAUAGGUACCUUGAGUUCGAGAGCAUCCACGCCCGGGCCAUUCUCAUUCGGUGAUCAGAAUGCAGAUUCUUCCAAAUCGACAGUGAAAGAUAGAUUUGCACACCUUCCAUUGAUACCUCUUGCUUCGGGAGACGUCGCCCCAGCCAUGCCUAUAUCUGGCACCGGGACUACCUGCAAUUUCCCAGAUUGUGAAGGGAUACCUGUUCCUCGGGAUCUCGCACCACAUGCUAUUCUCCCAGCCGCGGCAGUAAACGCUUCAUGUAGGCGGUUGUACGAAAGCCUAGGUGUGCAAAAACCAUCACCUUCAGACGUUUUGAAGAAGCUAGUUGCAAGACACAAGACCCCCUUAUUUAAACAACACGUUACUCUUGAAGAAACAAAGCAGCAUCUUGUUUGGCUAUAUCUGAUGAGGCUACCAUCGUGUGGACCUAAGGCGGGAACCCACCCUUUAUUUUCGAAUAAUCCUUCGGUCUUGAAUGACAUGAUACUUUUCGACCACAUGAACCACGACGUACGACCACUGCAAACGCUUGUUUAUCUCCCAGGUGAAAGCAGAUACUCUGCUCAGAAUUGGCUUCGACCUAACCAAGUUCCCGGUAAGCCAGAUGUCGAAGUAGAAGUUUCCUAUCUACACCCACAGUACCUCGAAGAUCCUCCCCGCCAACCUCUCAGCUCCGGAUGGACGUGGGAAGACUGGCUCCGUCACUUUUUCAACCUGGCAGAAGAUGUAGAAUUUAUUGCAGGUAUAAAGACUACUCUGUCUGCUGAGGGGGCUUUCCUUAUCAAAUACCGCUCAGAGGAGGUUCUCACGUAUUUUGCCAAUAAGUGGAGAGAACCUGACUUCAGGAAGCGUUGGGAGGAGGACUCCGAAAGUGUUGAUCUCAUCAGAAGAGCCGAAUUUCGCACCAUUUCCGGGCGUCAAACCUUUGGUUUACAGUACGCGUUCCUGCCGUUUCCUGCCCUGUUGUCUCGCUGUGAAAGCUUCCUGAAGAAUCACGAGGCAAUCAAUUUUCUCAAGGUUGAGUCCCCCUUAAAGGAUGAUGACCCUGGCUGGAUGGGUUUUGGGAAGCACUUCGGCAUCAAUGUUGAGGACAGUAUCCAUCUCUCAAUUGAGAUCCUACGGGCACUCACAACCGGUGCAUCUGCCCCCGCUGAUCCAGUGGUCCAUUCUAUUUGGACGCUCUACAACCGAAUCUACGCACAGUAUCUAUCUUUGGAUCCGAAGGGAAAAUCCUUGGCCCAGGCUAAAUUCCGUACAUUAAGAAAUUAUAUAUACCGUGGUAAGACAAAAGACGGCGUCCUUGUAUGGAAUUCCCCCGAGGCCUGCCUCUGGGAUGCACCCUCAGGAUUCCUCCACAAAGUCCCACUCCGCAACUCCUGGAGAAAUGUGUUGAAUUCCAUCGAGCCCGAGGACAGUGACAACCUGGCACAUUUCUUUUGCCAUUUCGUUGGAAUCAGGAAUACCGCCAUCCAGGAUAUCUUGGAUGAACUUUGUUUUAAGCGAGAUCAUAUGUCUCAUGUGCAUCAUGCCCCAAGCAAUACCCUGAAAGAAACAUACGAACUACUUCAACACUUGAGUGUGACCAGUGCUACUCCAAAAACAUCGAAGCACAUAAGGUAUAUGUUCUCUACCGGAAAGAUGAUAUAUAUACCCAUUAGCAAGAACAAUAGGCAUUGGUUCAAGAUCUCAGAAUGCCUGUGGUCGGCCAACGGCGCGAUCGUCGGGAAGCCUUGCCUGGAUGAAUUCUAUCCAGAUCUUAAAGAGUUCUUCCAUACGUUCCUUGAGAUUCCCGAACUAGACCUGAAGCUUUUCUAUCAGGAACUUGUUGAUAUGCACGAUACUGUGCCCACAACAGCCGCCGCCAAGGAUAUGCUUAUCUCCCUCAACGCCAUGCUUUCUUCACCGUCAGGUCGCAUAAGAUUCGGGCCUCAAGCUGAGCGUUUCCAUAUUUUUCCCGUAAUUCUGCCUGAUGGUACUAGCAAAGUACUUCGAUCGCGUGAUCACUUUCUCAUUGGCGAUCGCCACCAUUACGCCGAAGCCUUGAAAGAUAGCCUUACAAUACUUGACCUCACACUCGAUGAGGUGACACGGCUGCACGGCGUAUUCGAGUGGUUUGACUUGAAAGACAGGUAUCUGUCCCAGGCUGUUAUCGAGGAGACUAGAGUUAAGGGAGGGGAUAUUGAGAAACUCAAUAGCUUAACGAGAGAUCUCGCAUUGAAAGCUCCUGCUCUUGUGAGCAUCGCGAGAUAUUCCAAUAGAUCCCUCAACCCUGAUCAGCUGAAUGCAAGCCUGCAGAAGGUCCAGGUUUAUGUUAUUGACUCCAUCAAGUCCAAUCUGAUUGCCGAAGAGGGCGGGAAGAAAGUCGAGAAAUCUAUCGGCCAAAGUGACCUUCACAUCCAGCGUUUGGAGAAUGGCAAUCUGCGGAUAUACAUCACAACAGACGAAGAUUCUCGAGACUUGGCCAUUGCAUCCAGACUACCUCGGGAGCUCAUGGCUGCCUUGCUGGGAUGUGAUGCACGCAAGGUAGAUGCUACAGUCUUUAAUAUCGCGGCGAGCAUUCUCCAAGCCAAACCAAGCCAUGUCCACCGGAUUCUCGAGUUGAAUGGUGUGCCUGACUUGAAGUUGCCAUGUCUUGUCGGCGAAAACUAUCUAGCUGCUGAAGUGCAAGCCGAGAACCGAAAAUUGGCAGUCCUUCCAAACUCUUCGGGAAGGUCUUCUCAGUCCUCGCUCACUCUGCAAGACACGUAUGAUAAGGAUGCUUACCUUGACGUGCUCGUCCACAUUGUAGAAGCAGCAAGAGCUCACAAAUUCCCAUCCAAGAGCGGCGAAGCGGACCUUUCCCAAGCUCUCAAUGGCCUGGAAAUUUCGGAUUCUAGGCCGAAAACCAAACAGCUGAAGUUCUCUCACUCUAAUACAGACGAAUGGAGGCAGAUGGUGGGCGCGGCUGGUGAACUUUUUGUUUUCGAGACGCUCUCCAACCUUGAUCCCCCUCUCCCCAACUUUGGACGUUCCAAUUGGCAGAGCGUUAUCCGAAGAUUCGUCACUGACCAUCCAGACUACGCUGAUAUGGAUGCGUGGGUUGGAGAGGAAGAUGGCGAUAUCCAGUACAAAGAUACACAGAACGCCCUAACAGACUAUCUCAUUGAAAAGGGUUACUUUGACGAGACGUGGGUAGGUGAAUGUCCAGAGUAUCACAUCGAGGUGAAGACUUCGGUUGGCAAUCUUGGUACGCCAUUUCAUAUGAGCAAGAGCCAAUACAAUCGCAUGAGGCAGUACUGGUCAGAGGCCAGCGCUGGAAGCAGUAGGAAAAAGGUGUUUGCAAUUUUCCGAGUCUAUGGUAUUGAGUCGGGCGAGAUUGGCCUCAAGGUGUACGUUGACGCUGAGAGCGCAAGUCAGGGGGGAAACUUGAAAUUUGAAGCCGACAGCUGGGCUGUGACAGCUCUCUAA